AUGAUGCUCCCGACACGGCGACAAAACAACAUCUCGACGCGCCAGUGUCCCGUCCCCCGCCCUCCCGCCUCGCCUCCGUACGUCCUGGAACACGCCGGGGCGACAUGGGAUUGGAUAGAACGCACUCUGACGACGCACCGAAAGGCGAGAGCGCGCUGCUGCAAGAAUCACACGCAGACGCACAACAAAUAA